CUCACUGAUGUUUAUGGUUUGGAUAUUUGAAGAUAUUUGUUGCUAACGUGCACUUGGGUUUUUUUUAUCGAAUACUGUUUAUAGUGGCUACAGCUGGAACUGUGAAGACUGUGACUCUUCAGACGAGAGCCAGGGAUCGAGCGGAGAAUCUUCCCCAACAGCUGGUAGUUUCCAACAUCAGCAUCACCACAGUCACUCCCCGGAGCUGGACGAGGCACUGAUGGUCCUGGCAGACACGGCCAUGAGCUAUUCCGUCAGCAAUGCAGGCUAUCAAACAGCUGCAGCACCCCGUGCACUGGGCAAGGCGUUGCCUCAUGGAUCCAAGCGUCCUCUUGCCACUGGAUCUGAAGCUGACAUUGAUUCUCAGCAUUCUACCGCCGGCGAGGUUGGUGCGUCCUCAAAGGUCAGAGAGGGUAGGACCAAGAAGAUCAAGACGGAAGGGUCGGAGAAGCCAAAGACGACCAAGUCAAAGGCGAUGUCUGUGGCUCAGGAUGAUGACGCGGACAUGCCGAAGCCCAAAGUCAAGAAACGACUCGCCAAUGGAUCGGUUUCGAGUAUGCAGCCUGCCAAUGGAUCGGGUCAGCCCAUGGCGUCCAAACCGGCUGCGGUAGCACCCAUCAUUCGUGGCAACCUCCGUAUUUACCCUCCAGGUCCUCACAUUGCGCCCAAAAUCAGCAGCGUCUUGAUCAAGCAGAUCGAAGCCAGCGAAAAUGCAGUGGAGGCCGGAAAGCCCAAGACCAGCAAGAAAGCGACGAUGGGCAAGAUCGUGUCGCCGAUAAAGCAGGAGACAGAUGCUGCGACCCUCAGCAAGAAGGGCAAGUCAGAGUCCGCAUCCAAGGUUGCAGGAACAAAGACGAAAAAGACCAGUAUGGCCCCUACGCCAGCCAAGAGCAAGGUUGUCGCUGCGACGCUCAAAAAGAAGGUGGCCACAAAGGAAUCUUCCGAGCCCACUUCAGCAAAAACGACAAAGGUCAGCACAGUUACCAAGAUCACCAAGGUCACCAAGGUCACUACGAAGGCAAUAGGAUCAAAGGAGAAGACUAUUGUCAGGCGCAGUUCUUUGCCGGCAGUGCCUGUGCCCCCACCUCCAAAGCCAAAGGAGGUGAUCCGUUACACAGUCGGGGAAAAGACCAUCGAGGAGUUGACAGCACGAGACGAUGUUGAGAUCGAGAGGCGUGAGAAUGUCAAGUUCAGGAAGCUGCGUGGCCGUACACUGACGAUGCCUGCCCCUCCCCAGGAUGGGUUCGGUGGCGAGAGUACGCCUUUGGAUGACGCUGUAGGUGUUGCGACUGCCGAUCCGACCAAGGUGGCCGCAUAACAGGAUCAACGUGCAUCUGGUAGAGAUGCUGUGCUUGUCCUCGAAGCAUUCUUUGCUUAUUUAACCGAUUCUUUUUUCUUUCUAUU